AUGAGAAUUUCAUUGAUAGCUAACUUAACAAUUAUUGCUCAUUCAUAACAUAAGAAUUCUGGAGAAGAUACAAUCGCUAAGCUUUUAGUCAUAGUACCAUAUAUUUAAUAUAUAUCUCUACUAUUACCACAACAUGGAUGGUAAUAUUGGAAAUAUAACGAUGGCUAUUUAAUUUUUAUAUCUAAAGCAUCCUCAUAUUUUACUAUAACACCCUUUUUCGAAUUUCAAAAUAAUUUCAUCUACUAUCCUUUUACAAUUUUUAGUCUCAUUAUACUAUUAAGUCUGUUAUUUUACUUGUGUUUUUUCAGUUUAGAAGUGAGUUCAAACAAAUAGAAAGUAAAGUAUUUGGAAGGGAGAACUAGUCUCUUGUGUUCAAUUAUAUUAUUUACAAUUUAAACACUACAAAUACCAUGUUAUAAGUUUUAUAUAUAACAAAUUAUAGAUGCUAACAAUAACAAUUAGACAAAUUAACUAAUUAUAAAUAUUUGUACACUAAUUUUAUACUCUAUUUAUGUUUUAGUGUGUGAAUAUUUUUUAAGAAUGUAUUCUUUUAUUGCUUAUCAUCCAAUGUAAUAAAAAUUUACAAAAUUGAGAAGUUCAUUAAUAUUAUUAAAUUUAGUUGCUAUUGUCUUAACUUUAGAUGAUUAAUCUAAAUUAUAUAAUCUUGUUGGUUUAUUUAUUUUACAUAUAAUCUUUAUCAUUAAAAUUGUAAAUCAUUUAUACUAUCAAUCUGAUUUUCCAAAUAAAAAUAUGCUUGAUUUUGAAAUAUCAUUCACUCUAGAAUCAUUAGCAAUAUUAAUAACAUUUAAUGUUUCAUCUAAAAAUCAAAUAUUUCCUGAAGAUUAGAUAGCUAUUUAUAUAAUGUUUAUAUUAAGUUUAGGAUUAAUUUUAGGAAAUCAUAUAUUUUAGUUUCUUUUUCAAUAUAACUUCAAUAAAAGAACUAGAUAAUUGAAUUAAAUAUAUGAAUUAUACUCUUGUAUUAGUUAAAUUAAUUCAAAUUCUAUAACAAUGUAACAUUUACUCAUCUAUCAAUUGAUUAAUCAUGAAAAAUUUUCAAAAUUUAAAGAUAAGGCUCUUUUAAGUAAUAAAAGUACAAAUAUGGCUGAUUAUUAUAAGUUAGGUUUGUAUUUAAUAACUGAAAUAUUUUUUGAUCUAAUUUAUGAAUAAAGAAAUGAUUUAGAAGAAAUAUAAUUACUAUUUGUAUCAUUUAUUGCUCUUAUUAGAAAGAAACCACUUGUUGCUUAUGUUGAAUUUAAAAGAUUUGAAUAAAAUAAUAAUUAUACUAAAUCAUAUUAUUUUGAAUUCAUUAAAAAAAGAAUUGAAUUAUAUAUACAAAGAAAAGUAUCAGAUGUUCAAAAGAUUUAUUAAAAUGAAUAAUUAUAAUAAUUAAAAAAUAAUAUCAGUAAUGAAAAAAGAAUUACAACACUUGAACUUUACUAAUUUUGUUAAUUAGAAGAAACAUUUUAAAAAGCACUUUUAGAGAUUAUUUAAUUUAAAAUAAGAAUCUGGGAAUUUUAAAUAUAAGGAUGUUAAUCUAUUUAUGAUUUUUAAACUUUUGCACUUCCUUUAAGUAAAAAAAUAGUAGACUGUAUAAUUUAUUUAAGAGGAUAAUAAAUUAAUGUUAUAAAAGAUGAAUAUAUAAAAAAUUGUGAAAAUAUUUUAACUUUGAAAAUUUGUUCUAUGUUUCAUAGUUUUGUAUUAAAUGACUAUUAUAAUUCUUUUUUAUGUGAAUAGAAAAUUUCUGAUAUAAUGAAAGCAGAAACCAUUAUUUAAUAAAAAACAUUAUCAAGAUCAAAUAUUUUAUAAGAUAAUUCAGUAUUGAUAAUUGUAAGUAUGGUUAAACAAUUAGGAUAAAUACUUAAUAAAAAUAAGAGUCAAUUAGCAAAUUAUUUUGGGUAUUCUUUAAUGGAUUUUAAUUAAAUUAAUUAUAUAAGAGAAUUGAUGCCAUCAUAUUUUGGUUAUUUACAUGAUGGUUUUCUAUAAUAAUAUAUUAAAGAAGCAAAGACAGAUCUUGUAUUUAGAGAUGCCAUAACAUUUGCAAAAGGUAAAAAUGGAUUUAUUAUACCUUAAUAUCUUAACAUAUAUAAUAAUUAUAAUAUAUUUGAUGAUUUUACUAUAAUUGGUAGUAUGACAAAAAUAAAAGAAUCUCAUAAUUAUUUGUUAUUUGAUGAAUUUGGUAAAUGUAUUGGUAUCACUUAAGAAAUGAGUAAAUUAUUGAUACCAAAAGAAAAUUAAGAAUUUUUCUUAUAAAAUAUUGAGCUAUUUUACAUCUACAUGUUUCUUCCACAUAUACAUAUGUAUGUUAAUGAUAUGCUAUAAAAUAACAAAAAUAAAGAAGGAGGAUUUUUAUAAAAAUCAGUCAUUCUUUAUGUUUAUUAAGAUUUAGUUUAAUUAUCCAAAAUUCAUGAAUCUAUUUUUACAACUUAUUAAGCUUAAUCUUUAAAGUAAAUUGAGUAAACAAAAACAUAUACUUAAUUUGAACAUUUAAAUUCUAUGAUAAAUAGUCCUAGAAAUGGAAUGAAUUAGAGAUUGAUUACUGAUGUAAAAUCAUAUUAAAACAAUUAUUAAGAAGAUAUAAUAAACUUAGAUACAAAUAGAGAACCAUAAAAUGAUUUUAAAUAAGAGGGAAAAAGUGUUUUAUCUAGUUUAGAAUAAUAAAAAGAACAAUAAUUGAUUGAAUUUUUAAAUGCUAUUGAUGUAAUUCUAUAACUAUCUUUAGGAUUUAUAAAAGACCAUGUACUUAUGCACUGCUAAAAUUAAAAUUGUAGAUAUAGGUAAAAAAGCACAAAAAUACAAUUAUUUUAUUUUAGAUUGUUCUGAUUUUAUUGAUAAAGGUAAUCUUAAAGAAGAUGAAAAGAAAUAAAUAAAAAAAUAAUAAAGUUAAUUGCGUAAUACUAAUAUUAGAAAUCUCAACAGAAGACCUAGUUAAAUUAUUUAAUCCUAAUAAAAUUAUAGGAGUCCAGAAUUAUAGAUGGAUUCAUCAAUUAUGAGUCCCAUGGGAUCUUAAAUUUAAUAAUAAUAAAGCUUUCUUGAUUAACAUUCUAGAUCAAAACAAAUUUUAAAUUAUGUUAGUCAAAAAAGAACUAAUUAAAUAGGUACAAUAGCUUAAGUAGAAUCAGAGAGUUUUCAUGAAGAAAUAAUUAGCAAUGAUUUUAAUUAGAUUAUGUAAAAAAACAAUGAACUUAAAUCUAAUCAAGGACUAUUACUUAAAUCAUAAUCAAGUGGUAAAUCAGGUUAAUCUGGAUAAACAGCGAUUGAAAUAGUUAACAAUUUUAAAACUUAAACUUCUUUAAUAUCGAGUUUAACAAUUAUAUCUAUCUUAAAAUUAAUAAUAAUCAUCCUAUUUAUUAUAUUCAUGUCUAUCAACUUGGCUUAGGUAUUAACCUUUAAUAAUCAAGCAAAAAAUUUUUUAUCUGAUAUCAAUCUUCCUAUAAAUUUUAACAAAUAUUUUUUAAAUGUAUUUACUCAUUCUUGGAUAAUGUCAAUGUAAAAAAUGAACAUUUUAAAUACAAGUUAAUUUAUUGAUAAUUAACUUUAAAACUAAAGAGUUAGUAUGCAGAGCACAUUUUAAAAUUUGACAAUAAUGUAUGGAAGUUUUAUAGCUUUAGAAGAAAAUAAUUAUUUAGAUGAAAUUUAAAUAGUUCAUCUAGAAUAAAAUUUAUAGGUAUAAAAUGUAGAAUUUACUGAUUAUCUUUACUAUCUUGAAUAAGUUGGUUAUAGAUUAUUGUAUAAUGAGAAUGAAUAAAAUUAUUAUAUGAAUUUAUUAAAAUAUAGGAUAAAUUUUGAUAAUAUUGUCAUAAACAAUGAAAAACUUAUUAUUUCAUUGAGUAAAUAUUAUGGAGUUUAAUAAGAUGGAAAGAUAUCCAAAUUUUUUAAUUUAAUAUUAAUUUAAAUAAUAGUAAUUGGAAUUGUCAUUAUAUCAUAAUUAUUUUUUUGGAGAAAAAUAGAGUUAUAUUGUUAAAGAAUUUUAAUGUUAUCAAAUAGAUUGAGUGAAAAAGCAGCAGAAUCUUAAAUUAGUAAAUUUAAAUUAAUAAUUCCAGUAAUAAAAUAACUAUAUGGUGAAUUUGGUUAUAAAUAGAGAAAUUGUUAUAAACUUUGUUAUAUAGAAAAUUCUUUAAAGAAGAACAAUUUAAAGCAAAUUACUAAAAUGAAAUAUCGAGAAUCCAUUUUAUUCCAAAAUAGUUAAAAAUUUAUUGAAACUUAAAUUAAAUAAUCUUCAUAAUCAACUAUUCCAUUAAACUCUAGAAUAUAAAAAUCCUCUAUUAGACUAAUGAUUAAAAGUAUUUUAGUAUUAAUUUUUGCUAUUAUAAUUAUUUUGUAUUUCAUAGGCUGUUAUCUGAUAUUUAAUGAUUAAACCUUACAAUUAUCACCUACUCAAGAAUUAGCUAUGGAUUAUAUAUCAUUUUAUAUAGAUUUUGAAAAUACUGUAGCAAUUUCACUAAUAAUAAAAUCAGAAUUUUAGAUUUAUAAUUACAUAAAAGAGAAAAUUCCAUUUUCUGCAAGGAUUCUCAAUAAAUAUAUAUAAUAAUUAAAUACAAUCCCUCAUUUACUUAGUGUAUAUAGCUUUGAUCAUAGUAAUUUACAUGAUAUCUAUGAUCAUAUAAUAGAAUCUGAUGCUUUGAAUGAAGAUGAUGAAACAUUUAUAUUAGAUUUGUAUAAUGGAGAUUUUUGCUAAUUGUUUUAAUCAUAAAUGGCAUUUUGUAAUAGAAAUUUAAGUUAAAUUAAUUUUGAAAAUAAAUUUGGAUAAUAUUCAAUUAAAGAUAAUAAUUCUGAAUAUCUUAGUAAAGGAAUUUCUGGAAUGGUGAGUAAAAUGGAUAAUUUCUUAAAUUAAUAUUAUGAAACAGAAAUUCUAACAGGAUAACCAAUUAAUGACUUUACAUUAUUGAAUCAUUAAAUCAAUACAUAGGAUUUUAAUAACAUCAUAAUAUAAUAUUAUCUUGAUACUUAUAUUGGAUUUGAAGCAUUUAUUGAUAGGAUGUAAGAUUGUUUAAUUAAUGUAAUUGAAGAAUAGCAAAAAUAAUAUAAUAUAUAUUAAAUAGCAGUUGGUGUAAUUUUUACUGUUUUUCUUCUUUCUUCAUCAGCUUUUAUAGUAGUGAAAGUUAAUUUAAGACUAAUUUACAUUAGAUUAUUGAUAACUCUGCUGCCAAUUGAAAUUAUGCUUGACAUAUAUACAAUAUCUUUGUUGAAACUUCUAAAAUGA